AUGGCUUUGAUGCGAUUGUCGGGAGGCCAUCCUGAUCCUCGUCCGGCGUUUUAUGAAAUCUCUCAAUUUUGUCACCAAAUUUCCAAACAAAGACAGGUCUUUUUUAUUUUUGCGACUAGAAAAACAUUUUUUUUCAGAAUGCUCUCGACGCUGGCUUGUAUUACAUGUCGAUUCCUUUCGAUGGCUCCCAAAUAUAUGAUUGUUUGAGGGAAUGGGAAGCUUUGCUGCAGGUUUGAAUAACGUAGAAAAAUGACUUUUGAGAUUUUCUGUGCAUUUGUUGUUUCUAACCUGCAAUUUCCAGUGAUUUUUUGAAAAAAAUGAUUUUAAAGGACAUAAUUUUCAUUAAGUGUUUGGGAACCCCGUUUUGAAAAUUUUUUAAUUCUCAUCCUACACGGCUGGCUUGGGCGGGUGGCACUCUCUGCGCCCUCCCGAAAUCACAAAGUAUUUUUAAAUCGUGUGAAGACCCAUCCUUGUACAAACUCAAGCAAACCAUUUAUCGACUGGAGUGAAUUUUAAAUUUUUAGAAAAAAAUAUCUUUUUCUUACACAAAGUUUGGUGUUUCAAGGAGUUGUCAGAUACUCUGAACUGAAUUUUUCUCUGCCUCUUGCUAUUUCGUCGUUUUCUCACUGUCAGAGACUAAAGAAAUAGCAGGCGGCAGUGAAACUCUCGCGCGCGCCUUGAGGCGCUCAAGCUCGGAGUACUUGGACGUGUCCGAGCAGUUCUAGUGACCCCUUUAGAAGCAACACCCCUCUUAAGUGAUCCCUAGAACUGUUGAGACGCACCAGCCGAGUUGGAGCAUUUCUAGUGAACCCCUUUAGUAGCGUCAGCACAAUUGAGGGAUCCCUAGAAUUGCUGAGACGCCCCGGCCGAGUUUUAGCAUUUCUAGUGACCGCUUUAGUAGCCUCAGCCCUUCUAAGUGAUCCCUAGAAUUGCUGAACCACGCCCCGGACGAGUUUUAGCAUUUCUAGUGACUGCUUUAGUAGCGUCAGCGCUCUUAAGUGAUCCCUAGAAAUGUUGAGACGCGCAAUGGCCGAGUUGGAGCAUUUCUAGUGACCCCUUCAGUAGCGUCAGUACUCUUGAGGGAUCCCUAGAACUGUUGAGACGCACCGGCCGAGUUGAAGCGUUUCUAAUGAUCCCUUUAGAAGCGUCAGCACUCUUGAGUGAUCCCUAGAACUGUUGAGACGCACCGGCCGAGUUGAAGCGUUUCUAGUGAUCCCUUUAGAAGCGUCACCCUUCUUAAGUGAUCCCUAGAAAUGUCCAAAAACGUCCGGAGCCUUUCUAGUUUUCGUUAUCAGAUUCCGAAGUAUACACUCAUAAUCGUGACUUUUUGAAGAAAAUGGUGGGACGCGGAGCGGAGGUGAUGCGAGCCAUGAAAAAUCUGGUGGAAGGAAAACUGGAACCGACGUCGCAGUCCUCACCGCCCACGAUGCACUCCACGAGUCCCUCGUGCCCAGACCCGAGCAUUAGUCCGGCUCCCAACUACAAUGUGAUGCCCUAUUUCCCGCGCCACAUUCCGGCCAUCGAACCGCACUCCGACAGGGUUUGGCUAGAACAUUUUGUGCACAUAGGCAAAGUCGGAAGGGUGGAAAAAGGCUCCAUAGAAAUUUUCUCUUUUUCAGCCUUUUUGCGCCAUUUUUUCGGCCCUCAUGCACCAUUUUUGCUGCCUCUCCCUUGGCACCAUUUUUCGAGCCUUUGAAGUUCUAGUAAAAAAAAAGUCUCUAUAAAGGGACUCUUUUUGCGACCGUUUUGCUCCCUUUUUACUGCCUUACGGCGACCUUUUUCAAGCCUCUCCUUUUUAUCGGCCAUUAUCCACCAUUCCGACUUUGCCCGAAAUGGCGCGCUCAGAGUUAUUUUUGAACGAUAGAUCAUGGGUAUAAAAUGACGACAGAAAAGUCCGAAAAAUCCAUGUUUUGUUGCCCCAACGCACCUGCUUCAGGCUGAAGGGCCUGGCCCGGGGUUUAGGCCCUUGUUUUUCAUGAAAAGCCCGCGAAGGCCAAACAUAGAAUAAAAUGUUCGAAUUCCAUUGAAGAAUUUUAAGACCUUUUAACGCAAAUCAGACGUGCGGGGGAAUUUCUAGUGACCGCUUCAGUGGCGACAGAGCGCUUAAGUGAUCCCUAGAAUCGCCCAGAAACGUUCGGAGCAAGAUUUUCUUCACUGACGUCCGAGUCCAAACUUGAAACUUUCACCGAAAAUCACUUUUGACUUGUUAGACAUAGUUUUUGUUGAUAUCAAAGUGAAAAAAAGACCGAAAAAGUGAUUUUUGUUGUAGAUAAGUCUGAUAUUUACGUGGAGAAAGUUUGUGCUUCAUGGACCGGGCUGGCCUUUUUUGCUUGAGGCCCAGCUGGCCUUUUAUUUUACGGUUAGGAUUUCCCUGAAAAUUGGCCAGUAUACUUUUUGAGAAACCAAAAGAAGAUCCUGAAAGUGUCAACCUGAAAGAAUUACUUUUUUUUUUUUUGAAAGAACACCUCGAAGUCCGUUUAAAUAGGCCAUUUUGGGGCUUCGAGGCCUCAGACAAGACUGCUAAUUUUCCAUUUUUCCAAGUUCCCGGAUCGCAUAUUUUUUGUAUAAUGGGCUUACUAUGAGCUAGCUCUAUAAGUCAAACUCUAGUAAUAAUCUUUAGGAUCUGCCGAAAAAAGGGAAAAUCAAAAGAAACCCAGAGAAGCAGGUGCGUCACGGACACCGAAAUUGGGAUUUUUGGUUGUCAGUUUGUGCCCGAACCCCCUAUAAAUAGUAUGAUUCAAAUUACUUUGAUCGCGCCAUAUAAAUUGAAUUUCUUCACUUGGAGAGAUGUAAGGGGUCCAGAGGAAAUGUUUAGCACAAAAAUGUCAUAAAUUGGAUUCACCCCCGCCCCAUGAAACAAAAGAAAAUUUCUGUUUUACUACAGCUGACGUAUGCUUCGGAAUAUGGGCACAGCGGAAACGAUAUGCUCAGCGGACAAAGGAAGGAUAUGAACGAAUCGGUAAUCUUUAAUGUAUGCAUUUAUUAAGUUGCCCUUCGAAUUUUAAUACGAUUUUUGCGGAGAACGUACCUAAGCUUGAAGGAAUACCUUAAGCUUAUCGCGUUUUGCUCCAAGCUCUCAGAGACAAACUAGUUUGAAACCAGACCCUUGGAUUUGCCUCAGAUAGUACCCCCCGCUCAUGUAGAUAGAAAAAGUCAUUCAAGAUUAAUUAGCAGCCCUAGAGAGAACCCUUGAGUCUGAUUGGCCUGGUGGGUCAACUUAGCUUUGGACGUGACAUAAUAGAACUAUUCGCGACUGGUCAGGCAGAUUUUUUUUUUCCAGGAAACGACCUAUAAGUCAAUCGAAAUGAACGUCUCCUCGGGACCCGUAACGCCAAGUUACGGGAUCAGCCCGCCGUCCUUCCCCUUGAUGGACAUCAACUCCUCGAAUCAGGAUGCCUUUGAUGUAUGCGUCGUAAUCCUGAACAAUAACUAUUAUUUUUAUUGUUGUCUUUUUUUCUACAGCUUGUCACGAUUUCUGCUUCCCAUCGAGUUACGAAACUCUUUUCUUUGAUGUGUACGGCCUGUCUCUGUGCAUGCGCCUUUAAUUUAGGCUAAAACUUCCGUUUUAUUGAAGGCGCACCAUCGCAAAUAUGCUCCAGAACCCUUCCGGGAAGCUUCCCUUCGAUGCGCGCGGCUUCUUUGUGCCUAUGCGCUUUUAAUUUACCCAAAAGCUGCCGUUUUAUUAAAGGCGCAUGCACGGAGACAGGUCGCGCGCAUCGAAGGGACGCUACAGAACCCUUCCAUCGAUGCGCGCGGCUCCUUUCUGCGUAUGCGCCUUUAAUUUAGCUCAAAAAUUUAAGUUAUAUUAAAGGCGCAUGCACAGAGACAAGUAACGCGCAUCGAAGAGAGCUUUCUGGAAGAUUGGGCCGCGCACCAUCAAAAAUAUGCUAUAGAACCUUUUCGCGAAGCUUCCCUUCGAUGUGUACGCCCUGUCUCUGUACAUGCGCCUUUAAUUUUUUCGAUUCGUACGGCCUGUCUCUGUGCAUGCGCUUUUAUUUUGGCCUAGAACUUCCGUUUCAUUAAAGGCGCAUGCACAGAAACAGGCGGCGCGCAUCGAAGGGACGCUACAGAACCCUUCCGAGAAGCUUCCCUUCGAUGCACGCGGGUUCUUUGUGCCUAUGCGCCUUUAAGUUACCCAAAAGCUGCCGUUUUAUUAAAGGAGCAUGCACGGAGACAGGCCUCGAGCAUUGAAGAGAGCUUCCUGGAAGGGUUCUGUAACAUCCUUUCGUUGCGCGUGACUUGUUUCUGUGCAUGCCGCCUUAAAAAUAAUGGUUAUUUCAGAAUAAUUUAAAGGCGCAUGGGCGGAGACAGGCCGUGCACAUCGAAACUAUGCUACAGAACCCUUCCGGAAAGCUUCUUAUCGAUGUCUACGGCUUGUCUCUGUGCAUGCGUCUUUAAUUUUGCCUAAAAAUUCUGUUAUAUUAAAGGCGCAUGCACGGAGACCAGCCGCAAACUAUCCAAAAUAUGGUAUAGAACCCUUCCAGGAAGUUUCCCUUCGAUGUUUAUGGCCUGUAUCUGUGCAUGCGCCUUUAAUUAGGCCAAAAAGUUCCGUUUUAUUAAAGGUGCAUGCGCAGAAGUAGGCCGCGCGCCUAAAAAGGAAGGAUUCCGUAGGUAAAAAAUCGGGAAAAGCUGGCGCGGGAUGCACUCAAAUAAGGCAUAGGGAAGACUGAUCGAAUAAUUUAACGAAGAAAAAAUCUUAAUUUAGUCUAAAAUGCCGCUUUCCAAGCUAUGUUGAGAAGUUUGACGGUGCGCGGCGAAUACCAUAAUGAGUUCUUGAGUGUACUUCUCAAAAUGGAUCGAGGGUAUCUGAUAAUAUAUUCACAUGAGAUCUCCAGUAUCUCUUUGAGCUCCUUCGGUAUACCUAAAGUUAAUCGCGUUUUGCUCAAAGCCCUCAGAGGUAUAAUCGUGGCACCAUUUUUUGAAAUCAGACCCUUGGAUUUCACCUCUGGUAGUGUCGCGACAUGUAGUUAGACGAAAUCAUUUCAGAUCAAUUAGCAGCCCUAGAGAGAACCCUUGAGUCUGAUUCGCCUGGUGGGUCAAUAUAGCUUUGAACGGGACGUGAUAUAGCUGAUUCACGGCUGGCUUGAGCUAUCGAAAAAAUGGUCCUGACACGAAAAUGCACGAGAUAGCGCCUGGCUGGUGGAGAGCGCAGACAGGCCACGCCCCCUUAGCGUUCCAAGCUAGCCGUGAAUCAGCUAUAGAACUAUUCGCGACUGGCCAGCCAGAUUUUUUUUUUCCAGAAAACGACCAAUAAGUCGAUCGAAAGGGAACGUCUCCUCGGGAUCCCGUAACGCCAAGUGCCGGGAUCAGCCCGCCGUCCUUCCCCUUGAUGGACAUCAACUCCUCGAAUCAGGAUGCCUUUGAUGUAUGCGUCGUUAUCCUGAAAAACUAUCAUUUUCAUUUUCCCAUGUCUCCUCAUUUUUUCAGUAUUACUGUUUUUAUGUUCCACAACUUGUCACGAUUUCUCCUCCGAGCUCUUCUCUCCACUGUUUCUGUGCAUGCGCCUUUAAGUACAGUUAUAUUAAAGGCGCAUGCAGAGAAGGCUGUACAGUUUUGGUCUUUCAGAAGCUCAAAUUAUUACUUUCGAGCCAAACGGCUUGUGAAAUUCUUCUGGAAAAUUCUCUUCGGUUCGAAAACUUUUUUUUUACUUUCCUGUAAGACCACUUUAGCUGAUUCACGGCUGACUUGAGCCAUCGAAAAAUGGGUCCUGACACGAUAAUGCACGAGAUAGUGCUCUACUCGUGGAGAGCGCAGACAGGCCACGCCCCCUAGCGUCCCAAGGGAGCCGUGAACCAGCUAUAAGUCGCAAAUUUAAGAUUUUCAAUGUGUCUCGAGCUGUUUCACGGCUAUCUUGGGACGCUGGUGGGCGUGGCCUGUCUGCGCUCUCCAAGAGUCAGGCACUAUCUCACACAUUAUCGUGUCAGGACCCUUUUGCCAAAAAUUUAGCUUCAGUCGCGAUUUUUUAAGAGGUAGUUGCGCCCUUUUUCUAGUAAAACGAAUUUUUCUUUAAAUAUAUAACUUGUUUUUUUCCAGAGAAUCCCCACGAGAAAGUCGACAGCUGGGUCCAUUUCACCUCCUACUAGAGGUUGAGAAGAAUAGUUUGAGCUCGAAUAAACUUUUGACCGAUUUCCAGCCGCUUCUCAAUUCACCGGCAAGCGAUCGUCACCCCAUCAGGACCUGACUUCAAAGGUAGAUGUUUUAAAAAAAAAUUCUUAUCGUUUUUCCAGUAUGGACACUCUGGCGAACGAAGUUCAAUGUUCACCGGGCCUCCGCGGGCGAGAUCGGCGUUCCCACAUAAAAAUCUAAGGGUGAGAAAAGCUCCUUUUUUGCUGCAUUUUUGUGCUAUUUCGUCGGCUUUCUUGCACCAUUUUUGCUGCCUCUCCCUUUUUUCACCAUUUCUAGAGCCUUUAAAAUUUUAGAAAAAUGGAAGGCUCGACAAAGGGACUCUUUUUGCUGCCUUUCUGCAGCCUUUUUGGUGCCUUUCUGCGGCCUUUUUGGUGCCUUUCUGCGGCCUUUCUACGUCUUUUUUUGAGCUUCUCUUUUUUUGCGGCCAUUAUCCACCCUUUCCGACUUUGCCCGAGUAGAACGGGGUGAAAUUUGGACUAAUUUCUAUUGAAUAUUGAUAUUUUAUUGGAAAAUUUUCCCUUUUUUCAAUCUAUGUUUACUUAUUCCAUUCAAGGCGUAGUUUGUUACACACACGAGCGGAAAUAUCCUUUUAUUUGGGCGAUUUUAAAACUGACGCGUUUUUCGAUCAGAAUGGUUUCGCGAAACCGGGAUUUCGGAAGCCCUUGAAAAAAAUUGCGUCUUAAAACGAUAUUUCGUGAUUUAGUGGCUUUUACGGUGAAUUUUGGGAACCCUUGAAAAAAUCGGGUCUUAGUACGAUAUUUCGCGAUUUAAUGGCUUUUACGCGGACUUUUACGGUGACUAUUAAGGUGACUUUUACGGAUAGUUUUACGGUGACCAUUAUUGUGUCAAUUACUCUGUCUUUUUCGGUAACUAUUACGCUGACUAUUAUGGUGACUUUUACGGUGGCUUUUACGCUCUUUUACGCUAAAUUUUACGCUAACUUUUACGCUAACUUUUACGCUGACCUUUAGGCUGACUUUUACGCUAAAUUCUACGGUAGCUAAUACGGAGAGUUUUACGGGGACUUUUACGGUGACUAUUACUGUGUCCACUACUAAUUCUUUUACGGUAAAUAUUACGCUGACUAAUACGGAAAGUUUUACGGUGACGAUUGCUGCGUCAAUCACUCUGUCUAUUACGGCGACUCUUAUGGUGACUUUUACGCUAAAUUUUACGGUAACUAACAUGGAGAGUUUUACGGUGACUAUUACUUUGUUCACUACUAUUUCUAUUACGGUAAAUAUUACGCUGACCUUUACGCUAACUUUUACGCUAAAUUCUACGGUAGCUAAUACGGAGAGUUUUACGGGGACUAUUACUUUGUCCACUACUAUUUCUAUUACGGUAAAUAUUACGCUCACCUUUACGCUAACUUUUACGAUAAAUUUUACGGUAGCUAAUACGGAGAGUUUUACGCGCGAGUUUGAAAUUUCCGUUGAAAAUGUCUCAAUAAUUUCAAAAUCCAAGAGUUGUGCGCGUAAAAGUCAUUUAUACUCUGGAAGCUCAGUUCGAUCAAUAAAAAUAACUCAUCUGUGUGAAACGAAUUCAAAAAAAAUUUCAGAUAGUCGAAGACCACAAUUACGCAGAAAUCGCUGUUGAAGAUGAAGACGAGGUCUCGUUGGAGGUCCAACAUCCCCAUUCGACAAGUACGCCCCAACGCAACAAGAAGACCCUGUUCCCUCGCGGCCAGAGCACCAUGGUGGACAAUAAUCCGGCUGAUAAGAUCUUCAACAAGGCCAACAUUUUCAUGGGCUAUGAGCUUGUGAGUUUUCGCCCUUCUGGAGUGGUUUCUUAAGGGGAAGGAUCCGAAAAAUGGGAUCUAAAGGCCUUUAUUUCCCCAUAAUGUUAGUUUCAUACAUGGUCCUUAUAAUUUUCCCUUUUUUUUGGAAUUUUAUAAGUCUGAAAAGUAAAUUGAACGGAAGGCUACCUAAAAUCAAGUUUGAGCCUCAAAAAAAAAGUAUAAAAAAGUCAAAUUUUCGCGUUUUGAGCCCUAAUGUUCAUAUAAUAUCACGCGCAAGUCGUUUUUGGUCGGACGCGAUUUAAAUCUGAUCUACUUACGUUUUUUUCAUGAAGAAAAGACAACUUUUUUUUUCAUCCCUCACGGAUUUUUUAAAACGUUCUUUGAGCACCAUAACUGAAUAAAAAGACAAAAUCCUCUUCUUGAAGGAAAUGAGAAAUUAUAACCUUCACUUUUAUUCACAUAUUCUUCAAAUUAGCAGACGAAUAAAAAGGAACGUAAACAUCCAAAGAGAAAAUUUCUUUCUUUUAAUUUUGAAAUGAAACGUAACGCUCCCUGGUCGGUAUGACAUAGUCUUUACGUUUAGUUAAAAAAUUCUUUAACAAAUUCAUUUAAUAUUUUUUAUCGGUAAUCUUUAAAGCUUAAAAGGAAAUACCGCAAACUGACAAGAAUAGUGUGUGAGAUGAGCAUCGCAGAUAUGGUUCAAAUUGAAUUAUCCGUAUUUAUCUGAUACGGUACCGAGAAAGAUCUUGUCGAAAAUGUAUGGAAAAAGCUGAAAAAAAAUGUAUCUUCGUAUUUUUUUGUGGAGAAAGUUUCAAUCUCGUGUUUUUCAUGCUAUAGUGGAUAACAGCGGGCGUUUUAGAGAUCGAAAAAUCGAAAAAAUUCAGUUUUUGAGCUUUUCCUGUACGUAUUCCACUAACUAUUUCUCAGUACCCCAUGAACCUUUGCAGAUAUUUCUUUUUGUUUCCGAAUACUUAUACCUAAAACUAUCUAACACAGAAGUUUAAACCAGAUCUGCAACUCACAAACUUUCCUUAUAAAACACAUUUUUGGGUGGUAUGAAAAAAAGACCAGCGAGAAUUCAAACGGCGACUUUUCCGAUUUUUUCGUAUCGCUAGGGAACUUUCCGACGGCCACCUUUCCGCCGAAUCUUUUUUCCGACUUUUUUUCCUUAUAUUUUUCGGUUUAUAAAACAUCUAUUAACAUUUAUUUUUUUAUUUCUUUGUGUAUUAAUCAUGAAUAAACUACCUACUUUGUAUAGGAAUAUUCAAAACGGAAAGUUCAUUGAGGAAAAAAGUCGGAAAAAGUUUCGUCGGAAAGGUGGCCGUCGGAAAGUUCCCUAGCGAUAUGAAAAAAUCGGAAAAGUCGCCGUUUGAAUUUUCGCUGGUUUUUUUUCAUACCACCCAUUUUAAAAUAUUAUUUGAAGCUUUUCUGGACUUUUCGAGUUGAUUUUACAGUUGAUUGACUGCGAGAAGCGCUACGUGUGCUCAAGCCCCGCCUGUCAGCGGAAAUUCAAAGCGCGCGGAUCUCUCACGACUCACUACAAUCGAGUUCAUGCCCUGGACAAGGACUCUUUGCGGGUAAAUUUGUGUUUCUCGAGAAGAAACAAGGUGAAAGAACUACGAAAAGUUGAGAUUCACUCGAUGCCUUCCUCCUGCAAAAAACGGCAGUUUUUCCAUUGGUUUUUGAAGAAAUAUGCCCUUUUUGGUUCUUUUUUAGCAUGGGUACGAGAAAUUUCUCUCAAACCCAAGAAAUUAUUUUCGGACUUUCUGAAAAUCUUCACUCCAAAGAUUCAGUUGAUCUUCUUCAGAAGACGUGCACCCUGUGCAGAAGGGUCUACGCGAACUCCAACACCUUCCAGCGACACGCCAAGAAUUGCCUGGAGAAAAAUGGACCCCUGCCAAAUGAGCGCAUUUUCAUCCACUCCUCUGGAAAACCACUCAAAAAGGCCCAUAAAUGGUGA